AUGCUUGACGCCAGCGUGUCUAGAAGUUUCGCAGUCUUGGCUGCCGUGGUGAUCGAGGUGCAUACUCAGCACCCCACAGCAUCACAGUCAGCUAGCCGCAGCUCGAAUGGGCCCACUCCAGAGCAGCUGAAGUACGUGACGGUGAACGUGACGGACACAGCGGUUUGCCGCACGAGGCUGCUCGUACUGGAAGGAAUGCUGUGUGCUGCAGGGGUGGGGAACGAAGACUUCUGCCAGGGAGAUGGUGGUGCGCCACUCGUGUGUAAUGGUUCACUUGCCGGAGUCGUCAGCUUUGGCUACAGCUGUGGUGUGGCAGGCUACCCUAGCGUGUACACCGACGUGUCCGAAUACGGCGACUUCUUCAACCAUUCGCUGAGAGAGCCGGUAUCGCCUCAAUGA